AUGUUAGCCUUCCUAAUCUCUUCUUCAGCUCAAAAAAAUUAUCAAGGCUGGCAGAGCCAACCAAUACAAGAAGCAGCUCAAGAAUCAUAUAAUAUUAUCGAAUGCCAGUUCGUUGAAAUUGGUGGCGAUUCUUCUUCAAGUGCCCUAUGGUUACAUGGCGGUACAACAUCAACGUCAAUAUAUUUGCUUGCCACAUUAUUCCAUAGCUGUAAAGCAGGCCAAGGUGGCGCAUUCAGUUUUACAGACAACGCCGAUUUAAGGUUUUUCUUGUGCUGUGUUUCAAAUUGUCAAACAGGAGGCAAUUCAUACAGAAAAGGAGCUAUUGGAUAUGUAGUUCUAAAGAGUAAUGUUCCAAGAUUCGAAUAUUUUACUGCUAAUUCAAAUUCUGUUGGCUCUCGCAAUCUUCACGUUGAAUCAAGCCCGAAUUUUGUGAAUUGUAACUUUUCUAG